AUGUAUGCGAGUCAUGAAGACGUUGGGUGCGAUUCUGAAGAUGACACCAAAGAUAAGAAGAUGCUUAAACCCCAUGCAGACAUUGAUGGCGGAUGGGCCUGGGUGAUCGUGUUUUCAUCUUUCUUUGUGCACAUCCUCAUCAUGGGCUCUCAGAUGGCCCUGGGCGUCCUCAACGUGGAGUGGCUGGAAGAAUUCCACCAAAGCCGUGGCCUCACUGCCUGGGUCAGCUCCCUCAGCAUGGGCAUCACCUUGAUAGUGGGUCCUUUCAUCGGCUUGUUCAUCAACACAUGUGGAUGCCGCUGGACAGCGAUCAUCGGCGGGGUCCUGAACGCUCUGGGCUGGGUGCUGAGCGCCUCCGCUGCCAGCCUGCAUUAUCUCUUCUUUACAUUUGGAGUGGCAGCUGGUUUCGGGAGCGGGAUGGCCUACCUCCCAGCGGUCGUCAUGGUGAGCAGGUAUUUCCAGAAGCGCCGAGCCCUGGCGCAGGGCCUCAGCACCACAGGGACAGGGUUUGGUACCUUCCUAAUGACCCUUCUGCUAAAGUACCUCUGCGCCGAGUAUGGGUGGCGGAACGCCAUGUUCAUCCAAGGCGCCGUCUCCUUGAACCUGUGCGUUUGCGGGGCGCUCAUGAGACCCCUCACUUCUGGGAAAGAUAGAACUGACUCUGCAGAGAGAGAUCCGCCAGUCAUCCCGACUCACUCCACGGAGUCUGUGAAAUCAAAUGGGCAGGUGGGCAGAGCCGAAGGCAAGGACGAGGUCCCAGCCAACGAGGAGCCCCUCUGUGACCUGCAGGCCCAGGAGUGCAAAGACUCGGCCCGGCGCAGGAGGAGCCUGUGUGCUUUUCGGGCUCUUAAGACUCUGAGCCAGCUCACCCGGAAGAUCAAGCAGGGUUUCCGGGAUUGGUACUCAGGUUACUUUGGGGCAGCCUCACUUUUCACCAACAGGAUGUUUGUAGCCUUUAUUUUCUGGGCUUUGUUUGCCUACAGCAGCUUUGUUAUCCCUUUCAUCCACCUCCCAGAGAUCGUCAACCUGUAUCACUUAUCGGAACAGAACAGUGUUUUCCCUCUGACCUCUAUUAUAGCAAUACUCCACAUCUUUGGGAAAGUGUUCUUAGGCAUCUUGGCCGACCUCCCAUGCAUCAGCGUUUGGAAUGUCUUCCUGGUGGCCAACGUCACUCUUGUCAUCAGCAUUUUCAUCCUGCCGUGGAUGCACACUUACGCUGGGCUGGCAGUUGUCUGUGCUCUAGUUGGAUUUUCAAGUGGCUACUUCUCCCUGAUGCCAGUAGUGACGGAAGACCUGGUCGGGAUGGAACACCUGGCGAAUGCAUAUGGCAUCAUCAUCUGUGCCAACGGCAUCUCUGCAUUGCUGGGACCACCUUUUGCAGGGUGGAUCUACGACAGCACACAAAAAUACGAUUUUUCCUUCUAUAUAUCUGGUUUGCUUUAUAUGGUAGGAAUCCUCUUUUUGCUCAUUCAACUGUGUAUUCGGAUUCUGGCACAAUCCAGGAAAAAAUACAUGGCUGAUGCCCAGGUUUAG